UCUUCUUUGCGAAAGCUUCCUCGGACCCUGCACCUUGUUUUGGCUCCUUGGCUCCUCAGGAAGGAUGAAAGAGACAGAUCCUGCCAAGCUAGUGAGGAUGGAAGGAGGAAGAUGGACGGUUGACCUGGUCAGGUUGUCUCCUGCAUCCCUCCCCACAACUUCUGAGCUUUCCCUCUCAGGGACUUCUAAGAGAUCUGAUGUUGAUGAAUUGGAAGGGAAGAACAAGGGGGACCAGAACAGAAUCCAAAUAGUGGAGAAGUCAUAUAAAUAUUCAGAGUGUGGAGAGAACAUCUGUCAGAGCUCCCAGUCCACCUCCCAUCAAAGAAAGAGCUUUGUUCGGAGGGAUAGUUUCACUUCACGCAAAAGAACUUACAGUAGAGAGAAAUUGUAUCAGUGCAGACAAUGUGGAAAGAGCUUCACUCGGAAGGAUCAUCUCACUUCCCAUCAUAGAAUUCAUACAGGGGAGAAACCCUAUAACUGCAUGGAAUGUGGAAAGAGCUUCGCUCGGGAGUACAGUCUCGCUUCCCAUCAUAGAAUUCAUACAGCGGAGAAACCCUAUAACUGCAUGGAAUGUGGAAAGAGCUUUCGUUACAUUUCUGGUCUUAAAUCCCACCAAAGAAUCCAUACAGGAGAGAAACCCUAUCAGUGCUUUCAGUGUGGAAAGAGCUUCAGUCGGAAGGAUCAUCUCACUUCCCAUCAAAUAAUUCAUACAGGGGAGAAGCCCUAUCAGUGCUCCGAAUGUGGAAAGAGCUUCAGAAAAAGCUCCCAUCUCAGUUCCCAUCAAAGAAUUCAUACGGGGGAGAAACCCUAUCAGUGCUUCGAAUGUGGAAAGAGCUUCAGCGAGGGGGCUAAGCUCUCUUCCCAUCAAAGAAUCCAUACAGGGGAGGAACCAUAUAAAUGCCUGGAAUGUGGAAAGAGCUUCAAUCAGAGUGCCAAUCUCAUGUCCCAUCAAAGAAUUCAUACAGGGGAGAAAACAUAUCAGUGCUUGGAAUGUGGAAAGAGAUUUCGGGAUGAGAUUAAGCUCUCUUCCCAUCAAAUAAUUCAUAAAGGGGAGAAACCUUUUCAAUGCUGUGAAUGUGGAAAGAGCUUUCGUGUCCGGCUGAGUCUCACAUUCCAUCAAAGAAUUCAUACAGGGGAGAAACCCUAUCAGUGCUUAGAAUGUGGAAAGAGCUUUACUCAAAGCACACAUCUCGCUUCCCAUCGAAGAAUUCAUACAGGGGAGAAACCCUAUCAAUGCCUAGAAUGUGGAAAGAGCUUCAGUCUCAGGCACAGUCUCACUACCCAUCAAAGAAUUCAUACAGGGGACAAACCCUAUCCGUGCUUGGAAUGUGGAAAGAGCUUCCGGGAGAAGGCUAAGCUCUCUUCCCAUCAAAGAAUUCAUACAGGGGAGAAACCUUAUCAAUGCCAUGAGUGUGAAAAGAGCUUUCGUCACCGAGCCAGUCUCACUUCCCAUCAAAAAAUUCAUACCGGGAAGAAACCCUAUCACUGCUUGGAAUGUGGGAUGAGGUUCAGUCGAAAGGGUACUCUCACUGCCCAUCAAAGAACUCAUACAGGUCAGAAACCAUAUCAGUGCUUUGAAUGUGGGAAGAGCUUCAGUCAAGGCUCAAAUCUCAAGACCCACCAAAGAAUUCAUACAGGGGAGAAACCCUAUCAGUGCUUGGAAUGUGGAAAGAGUUUUCGUCAGAAAGGUGAUCUCGCUUUGCAUGGAAGAGUCCAUACAGGGGAGAAACCCUAUCAGUGCCUGGAAUGUGGGAAGAGCUUCAGUCAAAGCACCUCUCUCACUUCCCAUCAAAGAACUCAUACAGGAGAGAAACCCUAUCAGUGCUUCGAAUGUGGAAAGAGCUUCCGGGAGGGGACCAAGCUCACAUCCCAUCAAAGAACUCAUACAGGGGAGAAACCCUAUCAGUGCUUGGAAUGUGAAAAGAGCUUCAAUCGGAAGCAUGAUCUCACUACCCAUCAAAGAAUUCAUACAGAGGGAAGACCGAAAAAGAAAAGAAGGAUGAAAGAAACGGAUCCUGAAAAGCUAGUGAGGAUGGAAGGGGGAAGAUGGAUGGUUUACUUGGUCAGGUUGUCUCCUGCAUCCUGCCCCACAACCUCUGAGCGUUCCCUCCCUGGGACCUCCGAGAGAUCUGGUGAGUUCCAGGGGAGUGGAGAUGGGGACGUGGAUGGAUGGAGCCGGAGAGAUGGUGAAGAAUUGGAAGGGAGAAACUGUUGA